GGACAGGAUAGAAGCACAUAUAAAAGCCUAAGCCUUCGGGAAGCUGGAGGUCAGAUGAUGAGGGUAGUCAGUAUGUGGACUUCUAUGGUUACUGUUCUCUGCCUGGCAACCUGUAUUAGUAAUGCUGAAGACUCAUGUCCAGAAGUAAAAUAUGUGGCAAUUGGAGAAACUGAGAAGUUGACUAUUCUCCGAGGAUGUCCUGGUCUGCCUGGACCUCCUGGACAAAAAGGAGAAGCCGGUCCAUCAGCAGAGAAAGGACCCAAAGGAGACCCCGGAAAGGUUGGACCUGCAGGGCCGCCAGGAUCUGCAGGUUCUCCUGGUUUAAAUGGACAAAAAGGAGAGAAGGGGGAACCUGGCUCCUCAGCUCCAGUAUAUGCUCAUCGAAAUUGCAAGGAACUGCGGGACCAAGGGACUUUCCUCACUGGUUGGUACAAAAUAUAUCCAGAUGGCGAGAAUCCGCUUACAGUCUUGUGUGACAUGGAUACAGAUGCAGGAGGAUGGAUUGUUUUCCAGAGACGUUAUGAUGGCAGUGUGAAUUUUUUUAGAGAGUGGAAAGACUACAAGCAAGGGUUUGGUAACCAACUAAGUGAAUUCUGGCUGGGAAAUGAUAAUAUUCAUCGCCUUACGUCUACAGGAACUCAUCAGCUUCGAGUUGAUCUGACAGAUUUUGAAAAUAAUUACACUUUUGUCACAUAUGCUUCGUUUGCCCUAUCAGGAGAAGAUGACAAUUAUAAGCUGAACAUUGGCGCUUUCACUGGAGGCAGUUCAGGUGACUCUCUCUCUUAUCACAACAAUCGUCCGUUCACAACCAAAGACAGAGACAAUGAUGAAUAUCCACAAAACUGUGCGGUAUCGUUCAAAGGUGCUUGGUGGUAUGGAAGCUGCCAUAACUCCAAUCUGAACGGGCAGUAUCUGAGAGGAAAACAUGCCAGCUACGCGGACGGAGUUAAUUGGGAAAGUGGACAAGGGCAGUAUUACUCCUAUAAAAUCACAGAAAUGAAGUUCAGGCCAGUUUAAUACAUACUGUAUAAUGUGAACAGAGACCUUAUGAAUCACGUCAUUGAAAGAUUAAAUUACUGCAUCUGACGUAUAAUAGAACCAGGUCAUAAGGGUCAAGUCUAAGUAAUAAAGUAAUGAGGCACUCAGGUUGAUUUGCAAUUCAAGUGAGGUUUAUUUCAUAAUCUCUGCAUCAUCCAUUUGCCCGUAGUAUAUAUGAAUCAACAAAAUAUUUCUGACCAGACGUUUCGGUCACGGUGGACCUUCUUCAGUGGUCAUGUUAUCUGAGUGGUGGGUAGCGGUAUUUCUGGGGCGCUGGAUGCAUAAGGGUCAAGUCUGUGAUCUCGGACCUCCACAAAUUUUUAGCCUACAAAUAAAAUAGUAAAUUUUUGGGGUGAAUACCAUGAAUUUUACCAGUGAUUUGUGGCAUAUUAACAUGUGUAUUCGCAAUUAUUGAUGGGCUUAUAGUGUAAGGGUGUUUGUCUCUGUGUAUGAUGCACCCAGAAUUCAUAAAAAUAUCUUUUAUAUGGCUGAUAUGUACAUGCAACCUCAUGUAUAAUACACAACUUCCGACAAUAAAUGUUUUCUACUACUA